AUGUAUCUGGCUGAUGCUUCUGAUGCGACUCGCUGCAAAGCUUUCCCGACCACCCUGUCGAAAGCAGCGAUGAAAUGGUUCGAUAGCCUUCCCCCAAGGUCAGUUACCAGCUUUGAGGACCUCUCGAGAAAGUUCUUGAUGAGAUUCUCCAUCCAGAAGGAUAAAGUAAAGCACGCACCGAGUCUCCUGGGAGUCAAACAGGAAGUCGGAGAACCUCUACGAGACUACAUGAAAAGGUUCAACAAAGGGUGCUUGGAGAUUCAAGACCUGCCCACCGAGGCAGUUAUCAUGGAGCUAGUAAAUGGACUUAGAGAGGGCCCCUUCUCUCAGUCCAUAUAA